CGCUGGUCGGUGUGACGCCAGGAGGAAUGGAAAAAGGGGAGAGAAAAAAGUUAGGCAGCCACCAGGAGACUUUCUGAGUUUAAAGGAACUUUCGGAUCCCCUCCUGAUUCUACUGUCUGCCGCUGAGGAAUUGUUUUACACGACUCUGUGAGUUACUGCAAGUUCGUUAAACCUGAAACGAUGACUUUGAAGGUGUGUUUUCUUGCGAUCCUGCUGCCUCUGAUGUUAUCAGCGCAGCACGAAGGAGACAAUGGGAUCUUAAUCCCGGAGCAUGGAUUCUGUCAGCCGAUUUCCAUUCCUUUGUGCACGGACAUCGCCUACAACCAAACCAUCAUGCCCAACUUAGUGGGUCACUAUAACCAGGAGGACGCUGGGCUUGAAGUUCACCAGUUUUACCCUCUUGUGAAGGUACAGUGCUCCCCGGAGCUGAAGUUUUUCCUGUGCUCCAUGUAUGCGCCUGUGUGCACCGUCCUGGAAAAAGCUAUCCCCCCCUGCAGGUCCAUUUGUGAGAGCGCAAAGCAGGGCUGCGAGGCGCUCAUGAACAAGUUUGGGUUUCAGUGGCCGGAGCGACUGCGCUGCGAGAACUUCCCCGUGCUGGGACACGGACAGCUCUGCGUGGGCCAAAACCAGUCUUCAUCUGCCACUGCACCCCCCAUCAAGGUACCCGCAGAGGACAUCCCCGAGCUGUCCCCAUUUGAAAGACCAUUCCGUUGCCCAUCCGUUCUCAAAGUCCCACCAUAUCUGAAUUAUAAGUUUUUGGAGGAGAAGGACUGCGCAGCCCCAUGUGAGACCACAAAGAGUGGUGGGAACAUGUUCUUCAGCAACAAAGAGAUUCAGUUCUCCCGCCUGUGGAUCCUGGUGUGGUCUGUGCUUUGUUGUACUUCUACAUUAUUCACAGUGACCACCUAUUUGGUUGACAUGCAACGCUUCAGGUACCCUGAGCGGCCCAUCAUCUUCCUGUCUGGCUGCUACACGAUGGUCUCCGUAGCCUACAUAGCUGGCUAUUUUCUAGGGGAUAGAGUGGUGUGCAAUGAGAGUUUCAACCCUGAUGGAUAUAAAACCAUCAUCCAAGGCACCAAAAAAGAAGGUUGCACCAUCCUCUUCAUGAUGCUGUACUUUUUCAGCAUGGCCAGCUCCAUCUGGUGGGUCAUUCUCUCCCUCACCUGGUUCCUGGCAGCAGGUAUGAAGUGGGGGCAUGAAGCCAUCGAAGCUCACUCUCAGUAUUUCCACCUGGCCGCCUGGGCGGUGCCGGCCGUGAAGACGAUCAGCAUCCUGGCCAUUGGGCAGAUUGAAGGGGAUGUGCUCAGUGGGGUGUGCUUUGUCAGCAACCUGGACCCUCUCCGGGGCUUUGUGCUGGCCCCUCUCUUCAUUUACCUUUUCACCGGCACAUCUUUCUUACUGGCUGGUUUUGUGUCACUGUUCCGAAUCCGCACUAUCAUGAAGCACGACGGCACCAAGACAGAGAAGCUGGAGCGGCUGAUGGUGCGAAUUGGAGUGUUCAGCGUGCUGUACACCGUCCCUGCCACUAUUGUUAUAGCGUGCUUCUUCUAUGAACAGGCCUUCCGCCCCCACUGGGAACGCAGCUGGGUUAGCCAGAACUGCAGGGGCCUAGGCAUCCCCUGCCCUCUGCAGCCCGGCUUCCGCAUGACCCCGGACUUCACCGUCUUCAUGAUAAAGUACCUGAUGACGCUGAUUGUAGGCAUCACAUCUGGUUUCUGGAUCUGGUCUGGAAAGACUCUGCAGUCUUGGCAUAAAUUCUACACAAAGCUGACACAGGGCCAGCACGGUGAGACCACUGUGUAGAAUAAAAGGACAUUUAUAAAAUGCAGUUCAUUUAUGUCACUUAUCUGAAAUGUGAGAGGGUAUAGCCGGAACUUGUUUUUUUUUAAGAUGGUUGUGUUUACCUCGCCUUUAUAGUCACAUUAUGCAACUUCGGAAUGAGACGAGCUGGAUAAACGUGGACCUGAUUUGACUCAAUCACUAAACCACAGCUCAAGUAUUCUUCUGCAGAUCCGCAACUUUCCCAUAAACUCCAAAAAAAGAGCCAACAACCAAUGAGACGGCAAGCAAAUCCUCUCUCUCUUCUUGUAAAAAUGUCAUGUAAAUUGUGAUAAAACUGUAAAUAGAUUCUGUUGUAAAAAUGUCUAACUUUAAAUGUGUAUUCAUAUUAAACAUGUUUUGUACCUUUA